AUUACGACGCCAACGUCGUGGAUGAGGUUCACAAAAGACAACAUAGCAAGGUCGCAGAGGCAAAGAAUAGCUUCGGAGAGAAUAAGAAACGGGAUCGAUAAUUUCCUGAGGUCCGUCGCGAGUAGCAUACAUGGGCGAUUCGCCAUAGUGAACAACGCACUGUCAACAAGAAUCCAAGAAAUUAGAGAUGCCAAAGACAAGCUGGAGAACUCGCUUAAGAAAACAAAAAGAGAGAUAUUCGACAUAGAGGAAGCUAUUGAACUGAUAAAUAAGUCAUUGGCCGACAAGCUACCACCCCUUAGACUGGCUGAGACUAGACUGGAGGAGCGCGUGCGCCGAACCAAUGUAGAGAACUGCCAAGAUACAUCAAUGGAGGCGUAA